CCACGACUGCAGCCUUGAUAGAGAGGAAAGAAAUGGAUGUGGAACCAAAGCAUUAAGCAGAGGGUGACUCAAUCUUUAGGUCUCAUGUCAUGUCUCUCCUCUCCUCCUCUGUUCCUCUCUCUGUCUGGCUGAAGUGGUGAAGAUGCUCCGUUGGGUUUAAUAGAGAGCAGCAUGGACGAGGCUGCCAGCCAGCUGGAGAGAGACCAUGUUCACAGCGUGUACGAGAGGAUCGCACCCUACUUCAACGACAGCCGCUACAAAGCUUGGCCCAAGGUCAAACAGUUCCUGCUAGAGCAGGAGCCCGGCAGCAUUGUGGCUGAUGUCGGAUGUGGCGAUGGCAAAUAUCUACACAUCAAUGAGGAUAUCUUUAAGUUGGGCUGUGACGUGUGUCGGCCGUUGGUGGACUCCGCGUGGAGUCGAGGUCACGAGGUGCAGCUUUGCGAUGGCCUGCGUUUGCCCUACAGAGACGACUGUUUUGAUGCAGUGCUCUCCAUCGCAGUCAUCCACCACAUGUCCACCAAAGAACGGCGUAUCCGAGCAAUAAAAGAGAUGGCGCGCACCCUGCGUGUAGGAGGCCGGAUCAUGAUUUACGUGUGGGCCAUGGAGCAGAAGAGGCGCAAAUUUGAGAAGCAAGACAUCUUUGUUCCCUGGAACCCCAAUCCCCCUUUAUCUCCCGCCUUAAGACAGCGAGGCAAAGGAUCCCAAAGCAUCAGCGAUGGCACCACUUCCAACAACAAGCACAGGAAAGUGAAAAGCACAUCCUCCAUGGUGGACGAGGGUGACUCAGUUGGCCCCAGCAAGCAGAAACAACAGAGGUUUUGGUUCUUCUCCAGAUCUUUAGAUUCGGUGCUGGACUUCACCAGCCUGACCAUGUCCCGUUCCUCUUCCAACACUAUACAAACCCCUGUCAAUGAAGCGAAGGAAAGCAGAAGCCGGCGAACUAGUAGUAGAGGUCUCAUUAGGCAGAUGUCCAGCCUUUUUUCAUCCUCUUCCAGGACCAGUCUAGAAGAAGACGUCUUCAUUUCAGAUCCCAAUGACCAGGUCCAUAAAAACAACAACAGAAGUUCUGGGAAUGGAAAUGAGACUUCUCCUGUGGAGCUUGUCCAUGAUUGUUCCUCAGUACCACUGCCUGACUUGGUGUCCUAUCAGAGGGAUCAAUCAACUCUUGAAGGACAUGUGGAGGUAGAUGGUAAAUCGAGCUUAAAAGAGCCCUUGCAGAGGCAGGAUAGCACAGUGUCUCUUUUGGAAAGCGGUGAGUUGAAAGGAAAGAGCAGUGAACAGCUGAAGGACUCUUGUCUGAGGUACUACCACGUAUUCAGGGAAGGAGAACUGACACAGUUGAUCCAAAACCAUGUUGAUGAGCUCCAUGUUCUGCACUCGUACUUGGACCAUGCCAAUUGGUACGUGGUGGCUGAGAAGGUCCAAGUCUGGAAGGUUUAAAUCUCAUUUUAAAUGUUUUAAUUUAUAACCUCUGUUUUAAUGUCUCUAAAAGUUUUUAGUUUGAAAUUUCAAGUAUUGGGACCAGAGAGCUAAUAUUAAAUAUUAGCUGUUCAGUAUCAAUGGCAAUAACAAGCAAGGUAUUGAUGCUUUGACAAGACGUUCAAAUUGUAACACUAAAGCUAGUCGUACGUUCAAAUUUGCUAUACUAAAUUUAGCUUUACUCUCCAUUCAUUCUUUGUGAUGUCUUAGUUUUGAGUUGAAAAUAAUUGAUUUAACUUGCACUGAUUUUAAUGGUGUAUCACUGUUAAGCAAUGCCUGCCUGAAACAGGAAUCAUAGCACAUCUUUUAACCAAACGAUGUGAGCACAUACCUAGUGUUUUCUUAUUGGACACUCUUCAGGAGUUUGUCUGUGUGUUG